AUGACUUUAAAGGGAAUAUCUUCAAUAUUUAAAAAGCUGUCACAACCUGAGGAAGAUGCAGAGAAAGUACCGACAGGUUCUGUGUAUUCUAGAGCCUCUGAAAAACCUAAGCCUUUUGGCCAGGAAGAGCAAAUCGUUAACGAUGGAAUUGCCCCACCACGUAAAAUUCUUUUUCCACCUGAGAAAAUCUGCAUGGAUUGGCAACAGCCACUGAACGUUGGAGUUGGACUGCGGAAUCUGGGCAAUACGUGUUACCUUAAUGCUACUCUGCAGUGUUUGACGUACACACCUCCUCUGGCCAAUUACAUGCUGUCUCUUGAGCACAGCAAGUCAUGUCACGAAAAAGGCUUCUGUAUGAUGUGUACAUUGGAAGCUCACAUUAACCAGGCCCUGUGUUUCUCUAAUAAUGCUAUCAAACCUAUAUCUGUUAUCAAUGGCCUUAAAAGUAUAGGAGAACAUUUCUGUUACGGCAGUCAAGAGGAUGCACAUGAAUUCUUGUCCUUCACUGUUGAUGCUUUGCAGAAAGCUUGCUUGAAUGGAAGCACCACAUGGGACACAUCUUCUCAAGGCACUACACUUAUUUAUCAAAUAUUUGGAGGAUACCUAAGAUCCCAAGUAAAAUGCUUGAACUGCAAAGCCGUUUCGGACAGGCACGAGCCAUUCCUCAGUAUUACUCUGGAUAUAGAGACCGUUACGUCUCUCACCGCGGCUCUGAAACAAUUUGUGACACCUGAACGACUGGACGGAGAAAACAGCUAUAAGUGUAGCAAGUGCGAAAACAUGGUUCCUGCCUCCAAGAGGUGCACAAUACAUCGCUCCUCCAAAGUUCUCAUCGUAUCGCUGAAAAGAUUUGCAGAUUUUACUGGUGGCAAGAUCAACAAGGAUGUGGAAUACCCUGAAUAUUUGGAUCUUCGAGCAUAUAUGUCCCAGUCAAGGGGAGAACCACUCAUGUAUUCUUUAUAUGCAGUUCUUGUUCAUUCUGGUUUCAGCUGCAAUGCAGGACACUAUAUCUGCUUCAUAAAGGCCGGCAAUGGAUUUUGGUAUCGAAUGAAUGAUGCCAUAGUGGAGCGUUCUGAUAUCAAAACGGUUCUCAAUCAGCAAGCUUAUUUACUUUUUUAUAUCAGGCGCCACGAUUUGACAGUUGGAGAACGUGGUUUUUGCUUACCAGCAACUUCUUAUCCCCGUUCAUUCCUUGGUCAGCACGGGCCUAAUAGUAAGCAGGCUGGAUUUAUGGGAGCACGGCUUCCUCCUCGUAUGAUUAAGAAUUCAAGUCGUUUAAAUGGAAAUGGACCCCUAGAAGAGGAUACAAAUCCUGUUGGUAUCACCAUAAAAAGGCCAUCUUCAGCUCCACCAACAGCUUGCAUUCAAAACUGGGCAAUUACCAGGCCUUCAGCUACGGAUCCAUCUAAAGCCCAGAAGAUCACUAUCAGUAUUAGUAACAAAUUGCCUGAGUGUCAGACUGUGUCACAACCUGACUGUCUUACCAGUGCUCUGGAGAAUGAGGAUCUCAGCAAGGCUGUUCCUUCCUCCACAAUUACAAAUUCUCUCAGAGCAGAGUCUACCUCAAAUGCAUCUACAGUGGCAGUUGCUGCUAACAUUUCCAAACAGGAAGUUCCUGAUGAAAUGUUUGUAGAGCCAGCAGUGAAUGGAAGUCCUACACUCGGGUCUGAUGCUACAGUCGCUUCCGGUCCAGAGUCUUCAGGAAAAUCUGAGGCGUCGAAUGGCGUGUUUAAAAUGAAUUACAACAUAUCUUCCAAUGGAAUUGUAAUAUUGAAGGUAGUCGGCACGUUGCAGAAUUCCCGUUCUUUCUGUGAGAGUGCUGAAGAAGAGAGAUCCCAUCACGUGCUGCCAAAAAAUGAUUCACUAAAUGGUGCUAUUAGUUUAGAUAAUGGAUCUAAACAAAACGGACUGAAACUUGAUGAUUUUACUUGCCAAGUCCAACCUGCUAAACCUUCUGAGAUACUCUUUGCUAAAACAAAUGGAUUGCUUGAACCAAUACCUGUAGCUGAGUCACCGAUUCCUCAAGAAAUAGUCUUAGAAUCCCUGGCCUACAGCCACCUGAACAGGUUGUCAGAGAAAACAAGUGUCCCUGCACCUCAGAAGUCUGAGGGUGAUCAUCUUACGGAAACCGUAGUGACGGAAACAGUGUUUGUCUAUGAACAAUCCAGGAUGCCUCUUUCCGACCUUGGCUGUGAGAUUGAGAGUCCUUUUACUGUAUCAGACUCUGAAACCACUGAAACCAUUGCUACCGAAGACGUUGCUGAAAGUGUGAUAACAAAUGCUGAUAACGUACAUCCCAGUAUCAACGGUCAGCAGAAGGUCAGGAAAAUAUCCCUGGAUACUGAAGAUGAAUACCUUGGGCAUUGUGAGUCUGAAGAAAGUAGAGACAAAGACAAACCAGGAAGGCCAAAAGAACCUGUACUCAUUGCAAAAGGAGAUCCUUCGUAUAUGAAAGGGUCUCCCGAGAGUGAAGAGAAAUUAUGGCAAACUUCCUCUGUGAAGUCUGACAUUGAAUGUAGUCCUAAAAAACUUGCAUGUCUAGGUGUUACAGAUAAAUGCCAAGAUACAAAGGACAUUUCUAAUAACGAUGUAGAGGUACCACCUGUUAAUGACUCUUCUAUUACAAAGCUGGAUAAAGUUCUGGAGAGUCAAUUCCCCAGACAAAAUGAGGGGCUGAAUAAUAAAAAAUGCGAAGAGGAUAACAGGCAAAAAUACGAGGAGAAGGUACAGGACUCCAAAAAAACUGACAAAGGGCACUACCGAAAGAAGAGACAAUACUCUGACAGUAAAGACCAGAAGCAAAGCAGGAGCAAAGCGGAUGAUCGUUCCUACAAAAGGAGGCGCUCUUGCAGCAUGGAAACAAAUAAGCAAUAUCAUCAUAAGCAGGAUUAUUGCAACGAAGGCAAGUACAGACCUUGCCAUCAUGAAAGAAACAGUGCAAAUAAUGGCAAAAGCUCAGGAAAAUACUCUCGUUAUAAAUCCCGAAGCAGAGAAAGAACGGAACAAGACAGGAAUGGGUAUUACCAUUCCAAAGGAGAGAGGACUUGGAACAGGGAAAGAUACUACCAAGAUGAAUUACGGAGAUGGGAAGAAUGCAGAUAUUACAAGGAUUAUUACUCUGUUCAUGGAACAGGAGAUGGUAGAGAGAGGAAGUCCUCUCAUUUUGAUAAAGCCUUUGACAAAUUGAGUCGAUUCUACAAAUCACAUGGGGAUUAUCACUGCAAGAGCAGAUGGGCUCACAACACUCACUCCAGAGAGGAAGGAGCCCAUCACUUGAGUAGCCACAGAGGGAACUUCCGUCACUGUUCAGUACCUCUGCAGCAGUCGGAAAAACACUCUCGGGAAGGGCACGCACCUCCACCUGCCUCAGCUCAUGCACAAUUUGACAUCUCUUUCUGGGAAAAUGAGAAACUGAGGCUUGGCAAGAGGAAAUAUGGCGACGCAGAAGGAAGCGAAGCUGAAGUGGAAAAGAAACGCCACAAGAUAGAUGACCAAAGAAUGAAAAAAGAUAAGGAGGUCAAGAAGAAAAUGAAGUCCAAAGAAAAAUAUCAAGAGAAGGAUUACAAGUAAGCAGGAAUUCCAGCAUAAUCCGCCAUUCUUUUCCUAACUCUUUUCUGAAUGUUUCCCAUGCCUGCCUUUUUCCCAUUGUCUCUAAGUGAUUUAUAUAGGAUAACCUGACUACGGGUUGGUCAUUAGGCUGGUCAUUAGGUUGGUCAAGCAAACAUAGGAGGGAUGUUGCUGAAUAGCGUUAGAAUGCUAGAUCUGGAGCACAAAGCGAAGAACCUGUCGUGGUUUAAGCCCAGCCUGCUGAACCCAGGACAGAACCGCAUCUGCGCACUGUUCCUGAUUAGGUUGCAACAAUUACAUAUUUUUAAUUCCACA